UACUUUUUGUCCGCUUCGAAGAAAUAUUGUGGCUCCAAAUUUUCACUUUCCAGAGAGAAAGAGGAGAGAAAAGAAGAGGUAGAAGAAGAAGGGAAAGAUAUCUAAAAAGGUUGCGUUUUUAAUGGCAACCUUUCUCUCCUCUUCUUCUCUUCCUCUUCCUCUGCUCUUCUCCUCUAAUCACUAUCCACAUCAGACGCCGCCAUCUUUCUCUCUCUCCUUCCCCUUCUCUCAUCCUCUUCGCGCCACUAUUACUGCAAAUUCUAGAAAAAUCAAAACCGUAAUCCUUGCUUCGCCUGCUUCAGAUUCUUCCUUCGAUGGAUUCGAGUUUAAUCGAGAGUCUGCUGAUAAGAAAUCAGUUCUCUCAGAUUUGAUACAAGAGAUAGAGCCACUAGAUGUGAGCCUUAUCCAGAAAGACGUUUCACCUACAACAUUGGAUGCUAUGAAGAGGACCAUCUCAGGCAUGUUGGGCUUACUUCCAUCAGACCGGUUUCAAGUGUUUAUCGAGGCUUGGUGGGAAUCUCUCUCAAAGUUAUUGGUCUCUUCAAUGAUGACAGGGUAUACGCUGCGGAAUGCUGAGUACAGGCUUUGCCUUGAAAGAAACCUUGAUAUACACGAAAAAGAUCUUGAAAAGCAAGCGCAAGAAAAUUCAAGAAAUGAACUUCAAAGGACAGCACUAGAAAGUGAAAAAACAAAUCAAAGUUUUGGAAAGGAUACUGAAUUUGAAAAAACCAUGGAAGACCCAUCCAAUAACAUUGAUCUCCAAGGCCUCGGUGAAAUAUCCCCCGAAGCUCAGCAAUAUAUUCUUCGUUUGCAAUCUUGUUUAUCUUCUGUUACAAAGGAACUACAUGACGUUAAGAGGAAAAGUGCUGCUCUUCAAAUGCAGCAAUUUGUUGGUGAAGAAAAGAAUGAUUUACUGGACUACUUAAGGUCACUACAACCAGAGAAGGUUGCUGAGUUAUCAGAACCCACAUCCCCUGAAUUAAAAGAAACCAUCCAUUCUGUGGUCCAUGGCCUUCUUGCAACCCUUUCUCCUAAGAUGCAUUCCAAGACUCCUCCGCAAUCAGAUAACACAUCAACUGGAUCACUAAAUAUUGGAGGUGAUUGUGCUGAACUUGUGGAGAACACCUCACUUCAUUUCCAGCCCCUCAUUUCGUUGACUAGGGACUAUCUGGCGCGUCUACUUUUCUGGUGUAUGCUUUUGGGGCACUACCUUCGAGGUCUUGAGCACCGAAUGGAGCUGAUGGAACUUCUAUCCUUGACAAGCCAUGAAGAAAAUGAUCCCCGUGAAGAUGAGCAAGUUGCUUGAAGGUGCUUUCUUUCAGAUGCUUCGGAUUGUAAAUAUUCAAAGUUUGUUUUGCAACAUGAAGAGGCUGGAAGUGAGAUGCAAGUAUAGUCCAAUUGAGCUCCUGGGGAUAGAUAGUUUCCUUACGUGUAAUAGAAUACCUUAUUAUAUUUCAGCAGUAUAUUAUCUCGUCCUUUUCUUUUUUCCGUCCGAUUAUCACCACACACGUGCACAAAGGAGAAACCUGUGCGUUUUUACUUUCAUUUAUGUUUUUAGCUAGUGCUGUUAGUAUUGCAAUUUUUUUCAAACGUUGUUGCAGCCUUGCAGGUGUGAGUAUAUCCAAGGAAUGAUCAUAAGUAGGUCAUUUACCAGUAAA